CUUGCUUAUAAGUUUUUGUUAUUUACUUUCACACCCCUGAAGUUACACCAUAUGGGAAAUCUUCCCCAUUUUCUCGAACGCUACUACAGAGCAACUGGCAGGAAUUCGUAAAAAAAAAAGAAAAAAGCGAAUCUGAUGCGACCAUUUUCAGUUGAUUUGUAGAAUUCAACCCCCAAAAAAAUCAUCGGAAGGUUUUCUCCAAUGGCGGAUAAAUCGAAGCCCAGUACGUUGAGUGUUUACCUUUACGUUCCCAAUAUAAUCGGGUAUGCUAGAAUUUUGAUGAAUUGCUUUGCUUUUGCGAUAUGCUUCAAGGACAAGUAUCUCUUCUCCGCUCUGUAUUUCGUGAGCUUUGUGUUUGAUGCAUUAGACGGUUGGUUUGCACGGAAACUGAAUCAAGUUUCAACAUUUGGAGCUGUUCUGGACAUGGUUACUGACAGAAUAAGCACUGCCUGUCUGUUGGUUAUACUUUCCCAAGUUUAUAGGCCUGGGUUGAUUUUCUUGUCACUGCUUGCUCUAGAUAUUGGCAGCCAUUGGUUGCAAAUGUACAGUUCUUUCUUGGUGGGCAAAACUAGUCACAAGGAUGUCAAAGAUAGCAGCAGUUGGCUGUUUAGGCUUUAUUAUGGGAAUCGGAAAUUUAUGGGUUACUGCUGUGUAUCGUGUGAGGUUCUGUACAUUCUUUUAUUUCUGCUGGCGAAGAAUGAGACUGAGAAUCUUACUGAAGUUUUAGUAAAUGCUGCCACACAAAGCUGGUUCUAUUUGAUUUUACUUACUCUGAGUGUUGUUGGAUGGUUAAUCAAGCAACUCGUGAAUAUUAUACAGAUGAAGACAGCUUCAGAUGCUUGCAUACUUUACGACAUUAGCAAAAAGCGGUAGGGGAGCAGCAUGGUGGCUUGAUUUUGCAAAUACACUUGGAAUAUUCCGUUUGAUUUGAUUUGAUUUUAUUGGAGGAGCAUAAUCACGGACUAGCAUUGAGGAUUAAAAGAGCUUUUUUAUUGAACCAGCAGCUGAUGAUUUGCUCGUCAUUGAACAACCUUACCUUCAUAGGAAAUCUUAAAUCUCGAGGAGCACUCUGUGUUCGUUCCCAUUCUUGAAAUUGGCAGUAAUGUAACUUCCCUGUCAAUUCAGAUUUUUAACAACUGUGAAAAUGCCCGAAAAAUACUCGUUGAUUCAGAGUUGUAGGUAGUUUCUUUGUGUGAAUGCUCUCUUGAUGUGUGUUGUGUUCCUCUUAUUACGAUGAAUAUACUCUCUUUCAUUUCCAAUUAAUUUGUGGUGGCACAUGGCUAUGUUUAAGGAUA